AUGAUAGGUUGCAGAAUUAUUAGUUUAGCGGAACAAAGUGAUAUUUUGAGACAAUAUACUACGCUAAACGAUGAUUUCACAAAACGCCUAAAAGAUGAGAACAGAGCGACAGACGAUGAGAAUGUAAACAAGAAAAGAUUUAAGAACAGUCCUCCAGCGAAGAAAUUCCAGAAACGUUGGAGAGUGGACAAUAUUGGAUAUCGAAGUCACGUGAUUUCCCGUAAAAAAUUUUUUACCGAUAACAAAUUAAAAACGAGGAGUCAAAUGAGGGUGAUUUGGAUUUAUUAUUUUUUGCACGUUUCGGGUCAUGUGACUCUUGAAGUCAUGUGCCUCUAA